GCUAUUUCUCGAGUGUCCAGGGAAGGCCAAAUUCAUUCUCUUGGGCUGGCACUUGUGAAGAGCAGGAGGAGUCAGGGCAGAAAUCUGAAUUACGCUGCGACGUUCCCCCACCCCCAAUCUUUGGCUACGGGGAAUUUUCAUGGGACCUAAAACUCCCGUUUAAUCGGGAGCCAAGAAAGGGGGCGGGGAGAAAGAAGAAAAAAGGAGAAAAAGAAAGAGAAAGAAAGGAUAAGGGGGAGAGAAAAUGGAGAAAAGUAAAAAGAAAGGAAAAGAAAAGAAAAAGUUUUGAUUGCACUCAGAGAGAGGGAGAGCGAGUAGCAGCCCCCACUCCCGGAGCGAGUUAGGGAGGGUAGCCCGGGAGGCUGAAAGAAAGGGCUGGCACGCUGCUGCUUGCAAGGACAGCUGUACUCUUCUAUGGACACCGUCAGGAUGUGACAUCACUAACGCGGAGAGAGAAAAAGCCCCGAAGUUUCUUUAAUGAAAACUCCUCCAGCCAAGGUUCUUUGCGUGGGAUCCUUCACUGCAGCGCUCUUGAUAAGCCGCGGGCACUUUUAAGGAGGGCGGCAGGGAUCCCUCUCCUUGGCUCCAGAGGGAGCAACUUUUAUUCGGCUCGGCUGCGCAGGAGGCGGUGAGUAUCUCUUCCUCCCCCUCUGCCCCGUUUCACUAAGAAGUUGGAUCGGCGCGUGGCAAAGCUCCAGGCCAAGCCACUCUCUUGGAACCUUUCGCAGCCCUGGAGUUUCUGAACUUUUCAACCCCGGUGAGUGGGGGAAAUGGCUCGAGAAGGCGUUUGCAAAUAUUUGCAAGAGAGGCUCACGGCUGCCGGAGGAGCUGGUUGCUGGCGAGAGAAACAAAUGGGAGCAGAGCGGUUUUCUGGAGCAGAAAACAUCCAGGAGCAACUUUGUCAGCGCUAUUCCGGGCGGGGGGGCGGCGGGGGGCGCUUGUUGGCGCUGGAGGCCUGCCAGUUGCCGCUUGGCAACGGCACCAAGGAAACGGGAGAGCGCAGUGCCCGACCAUCCUGGUAGGUAGACGGGUUGAAUCAGCACGUAAUUGUGCGGACUGAGAACUGGUGCCUCUGCGUUUGAGGCAGAGAAUAGGCUGGCUGAGAUGGCACGCUGUGACUGUGUGCCCCCUGGAUUUAUAAUUUCCUAAUCUCCAGUCACUAUUCUCAAGGUUUUCUUUUAAUUAUUUUAGUUCAUGGAAUUUAUGCAGGCAACUCUCAACUUAUGUCAGGGUUAGGUUCCAGAGAUAGCGCAUAAAGCCAAAAUCGUGCAUAGGCAAAACACAUUAGGUGGGUGGGAUUGCCAAAGUGCCCCCCCAAUGUCUGUCCUCUUUUUGUCACCAUAUAUUUAUCCAAGGACAUGAAGCUGAACACACACAAGUUUAAUGUGUGCAAGCUGCAAGUUAUCUGUACACUGCUUGAUUUCAAAACAAAACUAAAAAAGUUAAUAUAAUAAAAUUAUCACUAAGGAAAAGUAACUGCAGUAAUUUAAGACUUUAGAAAAGUUAACAAUAAGAAAGUUAUUUUCUAAACAGCCGGUAGGCUUGUCUAAACAAAAAUGUUUUUAACAGCAGCCAGAAAGAAUUCACCUGCCUGAUAUGAAUAGUGUUGUUGCUGCCCCACUAAAAUAUCAAGUUCUUACAAAUUCAGAGUGGGUAUUAUGUGGGCCCUGUAACACUGCCAGUUCAGGCUUCAGGGAUGUCAUGAAUUUGCUGAAGUGUUGCAGCAGACACUUCAAACGGUCUUCCCUAACCUGGUGCCAACCAGAUGUUUCACACUACAGUUCCCAUCAGCCCCAGUCAGCGUGGCCAAUAACCAGGGGUGGCAAGUGUAGUCCAACAACAUCUUGAGGGCAUCAGGUUGGGCAAAGCAAAGGUAGGCCACACCUGGGAGGGGAGAUGCGUUGUGCGUGCCUUUGUUCACCCCUUCCUUGGUCCCCAUAAUUGUGAGGCUGGUGAAGGUGGCAAAAAUCUAUCCUAGCUUACCUAUUUCUCCUGUAUGCCAGGGCUCAAUCCCUUAAUCUUUUUUGUAUACAGUGGCUAAGACCUAUCAUAACAGUGCCUCUGGUCAUGUGCAGAAUUUUACUAUUGGGGAAUCAGAGCCCGCUGUUGGCAUCUGUCUGUUUUCAGAAAAAAUUUGAGUGCAGCUUUGGGGCUCAAGUCAACCCGCUGAAGAAUCACAGCACCUGCUGUAGCUGCAAAGACCAGUAACUCACAACUGCUGCCUCCUGUGUUGUUUUUGCUGAGUUACUAGCACCGAAGUGACCUAUUUAGGGUGCAAGCCUGGGCAGCGUGCAUGGAGGUCAUGGGCUGCCUGGAUAACCGCCCCCCCCCCCAGCCUCACUGAUGUGGUCCAUUGGAAAACAGAGCAAUACUUUUAGCAUCAGCUUGGCGGAAGGAAGUGUACAAGACACCAUCCAACUGUCUUAGAACUAUUACACUGGGGGGGGGGAGGGAACUUCAGUGCCACCCUCCUUAUCAUUUUCCUGCUGAUAACCCAAAGCUGCUAUUUGCUUGUUAGGGAAAGCACACAUGAAAACAAGUUUUCCCAGGACAGCUGAUUGUGAACAGCUCCGCAUUAGUUCCAGUGUCAGAACCAUCUGGGAACCAAAUCCAAACAUGAAGGCCAUGACAAAGGUGUUUUCAACACUCUCUGUCCAUUUGCUGUGGGGCUCUCUCGCAGCUUUGCUCUUUGCCAUGAAUAACUGCAUUUUCCUGCAGUUCCUUUCUCAAGACUUCCUGUCAGGCAAGUAGACUGCCCUAUACUCUGCAAUCUCUCUGUGUCUCUGUUUUUCUCCCUCCCUCCACACACACACACACACACACACACACACACACCAGCCAAUGACCUCUUUUUACAGCCAUUUCCUUGGACCAAACUCUGGAAUUUUCCAUAAUAUUUAGAUAGCUGAAAAGGUGGUCUCUGGAAAGCAAAUGCUUGAGAGUGAGUUUUACAUCAUGAAUAGUUCUGAACUGCCCUGUGAUCUUCAGGUGAAGGGAAGUAUACAAAAUUAAUUAUAAUAAGAAUUCGGGGGAACACUUGGAAUCCCUCAAUCCUCUGCUACAUCCUCAUUUGUCAAUAUUUAUAUCGAAGAUUUGCUAAAUAUUCAGCGUUAAUAUAUUUUAUUUCUGUAUAGAAUAGUCAGUUUCAACAUUUGAGAGCCGUUGGCAAUUGAUAUUUAAAUAGCAGAAUAGUUAUUGUGUAGUCGUAUUAAAUAGCUGAUGUUAAUACAGUAUCUGAGAACUUUUUGGAGCUUGGUAUUCCACAGAUGUCGUUUGAUCUUUGGAGCUGGACAGUAUUUGAUCAGCAACUCUAUUUGAUAUUAUGCUCUUAGGACUUGAUAUUUGUCUUCUGGAAUCUUUCAUGCCGUGGACCUUUACUGCUAAAGGCAUUAAUCUUCCAACAAGCCUUCUAAAAUCUAUAUCCCAGUUGAAUUUGAAUUGAUUUUGUGUGUGUGCUCUUGCUUCCAACUGUUUUUAUAUUUAUAAUUUUAAAAAUCUGUCUAAUACUGAGUUGGACCAUUGGCCUAUCUAGUUCAGUAUUGCCGACACUGGCUGGCAGUGGCUCUCCAGGGUUUCAGACUAAAAGCCUUUCCCAACUUUACCUGGAGAUGCCAGGGAUUGAACCUGGGACCUUUGGCAUGCAAAGCAGAUGUUUUAUCACUGAGCUAUGGACCUUCUCCUAGCCUUACCAUUCUUGAUUACACAGAAGGCCUGUUCUUCUUAAGAGAGCAGUUACCAAGUGAUAAUCUUUUAUCAUUUGACAUGCCUUUUCUCUAUUCAUGGGAACAGAAUUAACGUGAGAAGAAAACCAUUGCAGCUCACUUGUAUUAGCAGUUUUUUACUCAGUCCAAUUAGAUGGAAGUUGAUGUAGGAUAAAAGAUGGCUGUGUGAAUUCUGCCCUUAAUCCGCUUGCCCGGAAUCUAUAAAAAUCCAUCUAAUGCUCCCAUGUCAGCCAGAUGUUUAUGGAAGGGAGAGCUGCACAUAAGACUUGUGAACUAGAUAAAGUGCACACCUCAGCAAAUGUCUGUAAAAGAGAUGUGUAGUGCAGUGACCAUGAACAAUGUACUGCUAUCUGCCUGGCAGAUAAAGUGAAAGCAGAGCCAGUUUCUCAACAGCAGCUCGCCAUAGGCAUUGGGGGCAUUUUCUUUAGUCUACAUGCAAAUAUUAAAAUACUUGAUAAAGUCAAGGAUAAGGUCAGGAGAUGGGAAUUGCCUGUCAGAAUAGCAGUCUAUCAUUUACCCCAGUAGCUUGUGCUGAAAGUAGCCCAAUCUUAAUGUCUGAACUUGUUUUACUACAGACUAACUGCAGUGCCCCAAACAGGUUUCAGAUUGUUUUUACACCAUACUGUAUUGGUAUACUCAUUUUUUGCUUCCUGCUCCCUUCCUGCUAUGGGGUUCAAGUACAAGGCAAAUCCUAACGAUUAAAAUGGAUGCCCGGUAUGCAUUCCACACAGGUAUGCAUGGGCCUUGACUGUACCAACUCAUUACAAUGAGUAGUCUGAUAUGAUUACAUCCUAUUAAUCAUUAUUCUUGCUUCAUCAGACGGCAAAGAUGAAUUCAAGUAUUUUAUUUUUUUAGAUGUCUAGAAUUGUUGGAAACAAUCUGGUAUUGCUUAAAUACAUACUCAUAUUAAUCAAUGUUAUUAUACCAAGUAACACCUUUUGUGUGUGUGUUGGGGUAGCAAAUGAAGCAAUUGGUGUUUCAAUGUCAAGGAGAUGGGGGCUGUCAAAGCAUGGUCCAGAGUGGUCCAGCUUUACUGAUUGACAAUCUUCUUUACUGACCUUGUGAAUUCAGACUUGCUGGGAGCAACAUGGUUUGUCCACCUCUGUGAUACAGAAGCCAAGUGAUAGAUCUUUAGGUCCUACAGGCUGGCUGUAGAACAGAACCAUGCCACAAGGCCCACAAUUGGGCACUAUCCAGCCCAGAGUCAGCCCUGUCUGGAAUCUCCAGAUAGCAAAAAACAAAAAAACCCCCACCUUCUCUAAAACCCUUGAGAGACACUGCCAGUCUGUAUAGACCAGGGUUACGCAAUGCGGUACCCUCCAGAGGUUGUUGCUGUACAACUUCCUUCAGCCCCAGGAGAGAUGAUGGGUGUUCUAGUCGAACAACAUCUAGAUGUUGUCUGUCUCUGAUUGAGACAAUCCUGAGCUAGAUGGAAGAAUCGUCUGACUGGCUGUGUUCUGAAGUACUGUGAUGAAUAGUGAAAUUUGAUGAGCAUGCUUAAUUUUAUCUGGGUCUGCCAUUCUAAGACAGCGCUCCUAGUCACAUUUAUCAGGAAGUAAGCUCCACUGAAGGCUGAACAACUUACUUACGGCUACUCAUUCAAAGAGUUAAUCUACUUCUACUUUCUGCAGAGUUUGGAAUGUUAUGGUGAUGACUGGAAAGGGGAUUGAGAGUGUGCAUCUGAGAAAUUACAGGGGAAGUGGACAGUUAACGUGGAAGAGGCGGCCCUGGGCAUGGAGGUUUUGGAGAGGAAGGGGAAGUGAAUCACAGGCAUCUGUGGCUCUCCGUCUGCAGUGCAGCUAUGGAGAUGAGUGUCCUGCUAACCAGAGGCUCAGUUCUGAGACAACUACUGAGUCUGCCUCUUCCUGCUCUCUGAUCAUGGCUCUUGACAGCCAAGGCCCUGGUUUCACUUCUAGCUUCAACUAUAAGGCACAGUUCAUCUGAAAUUGGGUUGCAGGCAGGGUUAGAAAUUCAGAUAUAUAAGCUAAGCACCAAAUGGCUCUUUAAGGAGCAUCUCCACCCCUAUCAUUCUACCCGGACAUGGAGGUCCAGCCCCGAGGGCCUUCUGGUGAUUCCCUCACUGCGAGAAGCCAAGUUACAGGGAACCAGGCAGAGGGCCUUCUUGGUAGUGGCACCCACCCUGUGGAACACCCUCCCACCAGAUGUCAAAGUGAACAACAACUACCAGAUUUUUAGAAGACAUCUGAAGGCAGCCCUGUUUAGGGAAGCUUUUAAUGUUUGAUGGACUACUAUAUUUUAAUAAUUUGUUGUAAGCCGCCCAGAGUGACUGGGGAAACCCAGCCAGAUGGGCGGGGUAUAAAUAAUAAAUUAUUUAUUUAUUUAUUUAUUUAUUAUUAUUAUUAUUAAACCAGGGUUAUAGUUGCCAGAAUGUAAUGCCUCAUUGCCAUUUUGGGGGCAGAUGGCUUGAAAGUCGUAUUUUUCAAUACAACUUUUUGGUUACUGAAGUUCAUUCUGGUGUGCAGAUAAAAUACAGGGGAUAAAUUCUACAGGAUGUGCUGCUAGUGUGCGAAAACAGUCAAGAUCCAAGGAUCCCCAGGCAUACACCUCCAGAUGGUGGAGCCAUCAGGGGCCAUCCUGGUACCCAGGCAUCUUCACUUGGUUGCAAGUGGCCGAUAACCAGGUGCAAAAUGCGCCUGGCGAAUUUCGAACACUCUUGGAGGCCACAUUUGGGCAGCAUGAAAGGCAAUGGAGUUCAGCUACCUUGUGUGGACUGUAAUGGCUUGGAAUUGUAGGGGAUGUGAGAUGUAUCCAUACGAGAAAUGCCUCUCUUUGGCCCUCUGAACUCUCCUCAGGCCACAGCCCUAUGCCUUCUUGGAAAAUGUUAUUGAGCUCUGAUAAUGCUUCUUGCCUGCCUGGAUGGAGACAUGUGUGGUGUAUGGAGCUGGCACACAACUCUAAGAUUUACAGGAGCGCUAAGGCCCAGUCAGAGAAUCUUAACCAUGUACCUCUGUUUACUGUGGUUGCUGGUCUCAGAACAAGAAAGAACACAAUCGAGCAAGCUAUCUUCGCUUUGAACUCUAUUGACUCAGUUGGUGGAGAGUCAGUGUGGAAGGGAACAAUAUUUGUUGCACUCAGGCCCCACCACAGAAUAGCAAGACAGACGACAAUGGCUCUUUACACAGCACCUCAUGAUUCAAAAGCACGCUGGUACCUUUAACAAUAAAGUUGAGUUCAUGUAACUGGAUUUCUCCCCAGUGGGGUUAAAAACAGCUUUAAAAGCACAGAAGGGGUUAAGCACUGCCAGAGCCAUUGUUCUGGUCAAUACCAGAGCCUCCAAUGGAUGCUUUAAAGUUUCUCUUUUAGAAAACAACCACCUCCACACAUCUCGCAUCUGUUCUGGCCCUCAGCAUGAAGGAUUGCAGAGAUUGUUACAAAGUGGGAAGGAAAUCAAUUGUGUGAUUCAGUCUUCAGAUGUUGGGGUUUUCAAAGUGUUCAGCUGGCUGCAUUGUCCACCCCACAUGAGAAUAUAUUUUUAUUCUUAAAUACAUUCUCAUUAUCUGGCAGCUGCAGAAAAGAUCAAAGGAGAAAUUUCCAAGUGACAUUUUUUUUUUUUAAAAAAAGGCUAGUAUUGUAUAGUAGUAAGUGCUUAACGAAUGCGCCAAAAUGAUGCAUUUAGGGUACAAAUAUAGACCCAAGACACUUGAAGGGCUUCAGAAUCUGCCAGAAACCCCACUGUGCUAGCAGAACACAAGAUAUCCCAUGGUCAUUUUUACAUUUUUCUUCUUUGUAUUUUCUGGUUUUGUAUUUCCCGCCUCUCGUACUGAGAACACAUUGGAUACAGUGGCUAUUAUCACACCAUAGUAGGGACACAUCUAAGAGCAUAAGAAUAGCCUGCUGGUUCAGACCAGAUCCUGUAUCCACAGUGGCCAAUCAAAUUCCUUUCAGAAGCAGGACACAGCAGGACCUAAGUAUAGGAUUUCUCUGUCCAAGUUCCAUUAAAUUUGUGUCUUUCUGAAAACAUAUGUUGUUCUGUGCAUGUGUAUAAUAUACACUUUGAGGCUCUAGUGGCAUUUUAAUGAGGGAGUAGUGGCUUAACUUGAGUCAGUUGAGGAUUUAGAGUAAAGAUAUUGCUUCUUUUUUGGGGGAACAGUAAAUGUGGAGAUUUUGGGAGUAUAAAGAUUUGGUGCUGGCAUCAUGAUUAUCAGCUUCCAAAGCAAAACAUUCCAGGUUUGGUAGCCAUAGUGUUAUAUGACAGGACCAAAAUGUCAUCCAGCACUUGGCUGGCUGGGAAGCAAACCUGAAAAGGCAGGACUGAGAUGACAAGCUCAUUUUGUCUUGCGGCUCUUUGACAGAGACUCAAGUAGCUGUAGACUGUGUCCAGGAUACCCUUUCUACCUCAUUCUGUUUUGAAGUAGUAUAUAGGAGGGCAAGUUAAGUUAAUUUUAGACUCUGGACUUAAAUAUCUGGAGGGUCACAGUUUCCCUACCCUUAAUGUAAGAACAGUGUCAUGUGUGAAGCACCACUACUGCUUACGAAACCUUUGCAUUCUUUAAAAGCAGCUUGUGAAAGUAUCCUACAUAACUUUUGCCUUUACUGAAUCUGAGAGACUGUGGGAAUGCAGAACUUAUUUCCCCACCAAAACAAUGCUAAAAAUAGUGUUCAAAAUGUGCACAGAAUGAAGAACAGUCGUGAAGCAGCGGCAGGGAAGCAAGUGUUGGGGGCCCAUGUGCUUCCCCAGAUAAAUGCCUUAGCUGAUGCUUGACAGCUCUCCGCUGUGCUGAUGUGCUGGAUGCAGAUCUGCGUGCACAAGAUAAUGCCUGAACUGAAGAGGACCUGAAGUUUUGUUACUGAAACACAAUGAAAAUCUUCUGCGGAAUGACAGAACAUGAGGAGAGGCUUAUCCCUCAGGUACAAGAUACAUAACACACGCACAUCGUAAACAGUGUCUACGUGCUGAAAUGGCUUUCCCUUCAAAUGAUCUAUGGAUAGCAGCCAGGAAAGCACCAGGCCUCUGUUAUUAUUUUUAAGGGGAAACCGAAGAUUAACAGCUUGCACAUGGUUGUCAACAUAUGAUCACAGGAGGAGUCCUGCGUGGUGGUACCUCCGAAACCAGAAUGGUGGGAGAAAUUAUGGAAUGUUAUUUUAUUAGUCAAAUGAACAGUGUUCCAUAAACCUUCAUAUGCAUCUGAAGGCAUUGGCGAAAAAUGGAGCCCAGUAGUUGUUUUUAUAAAGAACUCUUUGACACUAGUUGAAUGGUUAAACCCCGAUACAAGGAAUAAUUUUUCAGUCUUUUGUAGAUGGGUUUUACAGGAAGGUGGCUUUUAUAUAGGGAUGAAUUCAACGAAGUAAUUGCAUGAGCAGAACGGCAUCCAACUGAGCUAUGGAAAUUCCUCUCCUUCCCCCUGUGUGCCCUCUGCACACACCAAAUCUGCUCCGGAGGGCUGAGGAGGACCCCCAGAGCAGAUUUAAGAAGAGCUUGCUGGUUCAGGCCAGUAAGGCAUCUCGUCCAGCAUCGUGUUGUCGCAGCACUGAAGCAGAGGUCCAUGAGCAGCCAGCCAGCAAGACCUGAUCACAACUGCAUUCUCCCCCUCCUGUAGUUAUCAGCAACUGGCAUUCAGAAACAGUGGAAGUAGAACUUAGCCUUCAGGGUCAGUAGCCUUGUCCUCCAUGAUUUUAUCUAAUUCUGUGUUAAAGCCAUCCAUGUUGCUGGCCAUCACGGCCUCUGGUGGGAGCGAGUUCCAUACUCCAUGCCCCGUGUGGUACUUUCUUUGAGGACCUGCGGUGUCGUGAAGAGGGAAAAGGGAGGGGAAGUUCUGUUGUACAGCUUUGUUAGAUACAACCCACAGAGCGUAUGUUUCAACUUCUGUGUGUUUUGAUAUUUGUCUCAAAUACAGUGGUACCUUGCUUGUCAAACUUAAUCCAUUCUGGGAGUCUGUUCGACUCCCAGAACUGUUCGAAAACCAAGAUGCGGCUUCUGAUUUGCUAACAUACUUCUGGGUUUGUGGCAUUCAGGAGUCAAUUUGUGCGAGAGCCAAGCCAUUUGACAACCAAGGUACCACUGUAAUUUUUUUAUUUUUUUUUAAAGAAGAGAUGGAUCCUUUCCCCCAGAUGACUGUGCAGUGCUGCCAGUAUUAGGCAUGUACUGCAUCAUUUUAAGCUGUGGUGUGCCUAAGCGUAGUGGCUUCUUCACAGCUGAAUGGCAGCUGCACAAAAGCAGUGCCUGCUGGCCUUUAUGCUUAAGAGACUUCCCAUGGCUCAGAACUUUUUUGCUUCCUCCCCUGGGACCCAUUGAACUUGAAGCUGAAGCCCCAGGGUCUUUUUAAAUAUCCUUCACUGCAAAAGGAGCAUUAUGAAACAAGAGCCACAAAAUGAUGUGAACUGCCAAACAUCUGUAUUCCCAGUAGAUGUGGACUGAACGGCCACACCAGUGACGAAGCAAAAGGAAUGUUUUCUUCUAGGGCUGGAAAUGGCACAGCUGCUGAGGAAACUGCCCCCCCUUCCCUCCAGAAGGACAGAUGUAUUUUUAGAAUAUGCCUUGAGGUGUCACUUUGAUAUUCUUUUCUUCUUUAAAAGAACUUCUUGGCAAUGGCGUAUAAAUAAUAAGAGCGUUUUCCAGUUUUCAUUCUCUAAUCAUAUUGGAGCACAAAUAACUGAAGAGUAAGGAUUCUGCUUCUGGUGAGGCAAGGGCUGGGGCAUGGCAAAUAUUUGGUUCAGAAACACAACCCAGAGAAUUGUGGAGGCUGAAGACAGCCUAUCUCUGUAGGUCUAGGAGAAGUGUGAAUUUUAUGAGAAGGACUGCAAUAUUUAUGUUGACCCCAUCAGUAGCCCCUUAGCAAGUUGAGCAGUAGUUUGCCUUGCCAUUUCUAUGGCUGGAAUUUUUAUUUAUUUUUUUAAUCUCUGCACAGUUUCAGAAAGUCUCACUAAGAAUGGUGUUGUGCAACCUGCUUGGCUUGAUGGCCUGAGCUGCCAAUAGCACUGGGGCUUGAUCGUUUAACAAGCAUUGGAGUUAUAAAGCAUGUACAUUCGUAUUGUGAAUUGAUACCUCAUUGGGAACCAUUUAUGAAAUAAGUAAUGUCCAUGGUUGGCAGCAAGUUAUCUAUACGGCAUCCUUCCUUAUUAUUCCUUUAGAAGGAUUUUACAUCAGGCUAGAGCACUUCUGCCAAUCAUUUUUCCAGAGUGAUGAAAAUGGGAGAUAGAGAUGGGCAAAAUGGUGGGCACUGAGAGAUUGUGUAGACAAGGGGCUGCCAGUGUGGAGUCCUUGAGCACACACUGAAAUUAGGCUGGAAAGAAGCAGUAUGCUGUAUCAAAUAGAAUAGGUUUUUUGAGUGGCUUGUCUGUUGUGUGUUUAUGGGGGGGGGGGGAGGGGAGGGAGAGUGAUACCCAUAAUCCAGUCUGCAAAUGUGUCCAAAGGCCCAUAAAGAUUUCUGAAACCUGGUGUAGAUGCUACAGUAGAUGUGAGGAUGCAAAUUUAUUCCAGAAUGCAUCUGGUGGUGGUUGUUUUUGCCUGAAUUGAAGACCUGACCUAACCAAGCAGUGUUAGAAACUGAGUUAUGAAAGUUAGGAGCUAAAUGCCACCUUAAACCUAGGUUAUGGGUGCAUACUUUUUAUAACAAGAAUACAAAGCUGAAAAUGAAUGAACUGCAGCUAAAAUAUUAUGUUCAUUUUUCACAUGGUCUAGUUUUUCAUCUGCUCACCCUAAGUGGGUCUCUUCUCCAGUCUUCAGAGAGUAGCUGGAAGUGGGGAGGCAGGAAAAGGUCCUCCUUUUCUUCCACUCAGCAGUUUUAAUCUGAAAUCUUAGGCACAGUACUGCGCCCAGAGCUUAGAAACUGCUUGCAUUAAUGAAAUUCCCUGUUGCAAAAUGUGCCUGGAACAAUGGAAGUUUUGAACACUGUAACCAAGGUGUAUAUUGUAAAACAACUGACUUAAAAACUUUGUGUCCAUUUUAUCUUUUAGGAACCAUCCUGAUUUUUUUCUUUUUUAUUGUCCUUUGGAAAGACUGGUCCUCCUUGUCAUCACCCUGGCUGGUUCCAGCCCAGAAUGGCUUUGUGCCUUAAGCAAGUUUUCAACAAAGACAAAACCUUCCGCCCCCGGAAGAAAUUUGAGCCGGGGACCCAGCGUUUUGAGCUGCACAAGAAAGCUCAAGCCUCUCUGAAAUCGGGACUCGACCUGAAAGCUGUGGUCCAGCUUCCCCCAGGAGAGAACAUCAACGACUGGAUCGCGGUGCACCUUGUGGACUUCUUCAACAGGAUAAAUCUCAUCUAUGGGACCAUGUCAGAAUUCUGUACCGAGAAGAGCUGCCCCAUCAUGUCGGGUGGCCUCAAGUAUGAGUACCGGUGGCAGGAUGACUACCGCUACAAGAGGCCCACCAAGCUGUCGGCGCCCCAAUAUAUGUGCAUGCUGAUGGACUGGAUCGAGACCUUAAUUAAUAAUGAGGACAUAUUUCCUACCAGGAUAGGUGAGUAGGCAAUAGGUGCUGCAUAGGAAGCUGCCAUAUUCAGGGUCAGACUCUUUGUCCAUCCAGUUCAAAAUAAAGUGGUACCUUGGUUCUCAAACACCUUGGUACUCAAACAACUUGGAACCCAAACACUGCAAACCCGGAAGUUUAAGUGUUUUGGUUUGCAAACUUUUUUCGGAAGCUGAACAUGCUCCAUUUUGAGUGCCACACUUCCAUUUUGAGUGUUAAGCUGAGGUCUGUCUGUUUUUUUCUAUUUAUUUUGCGUUUUCGUUUUUGCAGCUCUUUUUUGUUUGUUUUUGUGACUGUGUGGAACCCAGUUCAGCUACUGAUUGAUUGAUUGAUUGUGUGACUGCAGUACAUUGUUUAUUGCUUUCAAUUUAUGAAUCAGUGGUCUUGUUAAAUAGUAAAAUUCAUGUUAAGUUGCUGUUUUAGGGGUUGUUUUUAAAAGUCUAGAAUGGAUUGAUCCAUUUUGCAUUACUUUCUAUGGGAAAGUGCGCCUUGGCUUUGGAACGCUUUGGUUUUGGAACAGACUUCUGGAACGGAUUAAGUUUGAAAACCAAGGUACCGCUGUACUGUCAAUUGGCCAUGGCUCUCAGGCGUUGCUGCUCAUCUGGCCUCUGGUUGGUCACAUUGCUGCUGCUCACCAGGACGGGGAGGGGCAGGGGGGGCAGUGAGGUCAGUGACACAAUGCAAAUGCACUGGUGUGAUUGGCUCGGUUGGUGUGUUCUCAAUUCACUGACCUUAACUGCCACCUCCCCCUUCACCUCCUAGCAGACCAGCACAACCGAUCAGCGGUCAGGUGAGGGCAGUGGUGUCCCCACCACACUGUCUCCUACUAGUCUUUCCCAUAUAUGCAACUGAUCCUUUUAACUGGAGAUGCCAGAGAUUGAGCCUUCUUCACGCAAAGCAUAUGAUCUGCCAAUUGAGCCAGGGCCCCUAUUAAUUCUGUCUAAAGAUACAAGGCAGGUGCAAGGCUUGGUGCUGCCACCAAGAGCCUGUACUGCACUCCCUACUGCCCUUAAGGCUACAGUCCUGUGUUCACUUAUUUGGUAGGACCCCGGAGGCCAGGGUUCAAAUCUCCACUCAGCCAUGAAGCUCAUUGGAUGACCUUGGGCCAGUCACUGCCUCUCAGCCUACCUGGCAGGGUUCUUGUGGGGAUCAAAUGAGGAGGGGGAGUACCAUGUAUGUCACCUUGAGCUCCUUGGAGAAAAAGAUGGGAUAUACAUGCAAGCAGUGAAUAAAUACAUAAAUAGGAAAGUUCAUUGAACUUACCGUGGAACUAUUAAUCUAGUUUUGGCCCAUGUGCAAUCUCAUUUUUUCAAAUAUUAAUACAAUAUUGCCUAUAUGGUCAUUGUAAGGUGAAGUGAUAGUGUAGGGCAAUUUUGCUCUGCCUACUGCAAGCUGUGGGAACAGGCGUUUUUCAAAUGAUAGCAAGGUGUUGCUAUGGGUCAUCCUAAAAUGAAGCAACUGUGCAGGGCUCAUUUGCAUUGUUGUAAUCCUCCUGCACGUUGUGGGAUGUGACUAUGUGAUGGUUUCCACAAAAACAUGAUGUUGAAUCCCAUACUAUUGAAAUGAAUGGACCUACAUAGCUUAGUCAUGUUCAUUCAUUUAAAUGGGCCUACCAUGAGUAAGGGACGCGGGUGGCACAGAACCUAGGGCUUCCCGGUCAGAAGGUCGGCGAUUCAAAUCCCUGUGGCAGGGUGAGCUCCCGUUGUUCGGUCCUUGCUCCCUCGGCCAGUAAAGCAAGAUGAGCGCCGCAACCCCCGAGUUGUCCACGAACGGUCAGGGGUCCCUUUACCUUUACUUACUGUGAGUAAAACUUAUUUGAAUACCAUCCUUACUUUUGAAUCCACCUGCCUAGGAUUGCAUUGUACUGUUGACUAUUUGCAGUUUCCAUUUUCAGUCCCCGAGGCCCUUUUGCAAAGAAGGCAAAGGAUUUGUGUGUGGUGUGGGGGAAGGAUAAUAUGAUGCCUUUUGGGUUAUUCUCCCGUUGUAGCCACUUUGACACAGCAUGUUUCUAGUUGUUUUUGCAGCUGGCUGGUUUUGUCAAGGCUUGCUUGUGUUAUUGCCACCCCGUCUCCUUUCAGAAUUAAUGCCGUGCAACAAUGUGCAGCUGUUCUUGUACCAUUGCCAUUAAGUGCUGGUUUAAAACACACACACAUUCAUAAAGAGAGGCUGUUAACAAUGCCCAUGUCUCAUGGGGUUUGGAAAAAAAAUUCACUGUAUAUGUGCCGUUGUUUUGGAUAAUUGCUAAUUCCUACAAUUACUUUGUAGUGAUUAAUAACAAGGAAUCCCAUUACCAGGCUUCAUUUGAACGCAUUGGGGGGACAAAAUCUUGGCUUGGAGAGACAAAUCCUUUAACAUUCUGUCCUGUAAUUUAUUUGCUCUUAAUGCCUCUCAUUUAUAAUGCAUUAAUACACCACUUCUCAUUAUUUCCUUGUUGGGUUAAGUCAUGCUGUGUGAAAGCAUCUGUCUCCGAAAGAGAACUCCCCAUCCAACCAGUACCAUUCUGUUACCCUGUUCCAUGUGCAAACAUGGUGGUAGACGGACAAUAGUUUCUUUCAGAUAUGAUAUGAUGGAGGCAUUGCUCCCUACUGUAGGCACACUCAUCCAAUUAUCAUCUUUCUUUGCAGGUGCUUUAAAAAAAGUAUACAAAAUCUGAUUGACCAGAGAUGACAGUGAGACAGAACCAGCUUUCGCAGAGAAUAAGGUUCUCAGUGGCUACUAGGCCAUAAUGACUAUUCUCUGCCUCACUGGUAGGAGGCAGUAAUGCUUCUGAAUAGACAGGUGAUGGAAACCACAGGAAGAGAGAGUGUACCUGUGCUUGCAGGUUACUCACGGGCAUCUGGCUGUCCACUGGGAGAACAGAGUGCUGGGCUAGAUGGACCACCGCAGGAAAUUCAACAAGUUUUAAAAAAAAAAUUUUUUUUUGCCCUUAUGGGAAACUUCAUUUCAUGAUGGAAAUCAUCGCCCCAAAACACAAUCUCAGUAUGACAUCUAGCCAAACAACCAGGUGGCAGGAUCUAGAAAACCUAUUAACUUCCAGGUGAAGCUGGAGUUUGCUGGUCAACCACUAGCUGAAUUUCCUGAGCAGAAUGGUUGUGGGUGGCCAGCAAGCCAUCAAGAGGUUUGAACCAUCAUACAUCAAAAAGGAUGUCUUGCUUAUCAGAUUUCCACCGCACUUCCUGGCUCGAGGGAAGCCUUUAUCUGCAUCCAAGCCACCGUGCCAGGCACUUCCUGCCUGCUCGUCUACUGUUGACAGUUUGCUUCUUGCGUUCACAAUGUAACUCAGAAAGGGCUCUCACUGGAAUAGAGAAGUCUAGAAUGAUGUACCAAAGCUCACUACAAAGUUCUGAAACUUGAAUAACUUUUCACAACUGUGCAUAAUUAUUCAUUCAUUGGGGGGAAACUGUUAUCUAUGGAGAUUAGAGUUAAUCAAUAGCGGUCAGCAGGGGAGGGUGGCCAGAGCUGCCUUGCCCCUCCCCAUGGCAGUGACAUGCAGCAUUGAGAAGUCAGGUCUCCAAACUGCUACUCACAUCAGUGUAUUUUCAGCAUACAAAGUGCUGUUCAGCUGUUAUUUCAUCUUUACACUGUACAGUGUAAGAGAAAUCAAGCUGGGGACUGCAGGCCAUGUAGCAGUGGCACAAGCAUGUGGGGGGCGUGUGCCUAUUUUAAAGAGACACUGUCCAGAAACUGAUCCCCCAGGAUGUAAUAUGGACUUUAUGAGCCCACAAUUUGACAAGACUAGUCUGGUAUUCAAAUCUAGUGCCUAUAGCAGCGUAUGCACAUGUGAAAACUGUCUGGACACCAACAGAGCCUGACUAGACUUUUUUCAUGGCAACUAGAGCAUCAGAAUGACUGCUUUCCAUCUUUCACAAGAGGUCUGUGGAUGCAUGAAAAGAAGCCUUUCUGAUUCUUUAAAUGAGCAUUUGCACUCUCCACUUUUAAUUCAAAGUGCUUUCAAUUUGUACUCUCAAGAGGAAGAACAAUCCCUGAGUGUCCUGGAGCAGCCGUCUCAAGGUUUUUGUAGUUCUGUGAUUCUGCUGUAGUUAUUUCCACUCUACAAGUCACAGCAAAAAGAGCUUUUAAGCUCCAGACAGCACGACAACAGCACUUGUUGACUUCCCAGUCAUUAGCGCACCUGAAACCUGCAUGUCUUAUUGCAGGUGCAACUUCGUGUCUAUGAAUCCUGCCAACAACUCCAGACUUCAUUAAAAUCAGGUGCAUAAUUGGUUCAUUAGGCUUGUCUUCAGACUCUGGAAUGCAUUUGUGGGAAACACGGACGAGCUGAGACCUGCUUGAAAAUAAAAUGUAACUGUCAGACCCCUUAAUUGUUUGUGGUUAUUCGUCUUUUCAUCUGUGCAGUGUGCAUGACAAUGGAACACAUGUGGUGGAUCAUUUAAUCUGUUUCCCAUUACUGUGAUCAAGUUGUAUAUAGUUGUUUUUAUGAGAGUGGUAACAGAGUGCCGCUCCAUUCAGUGCUAAGGAUAUCCUCUAGCUCCCCCUGCAGGUUUAGUGUGGUUUCAUGUAUUCAGUAAACACUCAAGCAGUGGUUUCCAAACUCCCCGCCCCUUGUCCCCUUCUAUGCACCACUAUAAAAUUGCUGUGGGUCUUGGUGGACCACUUACUGAUGUUUUUGAAGCCCUAUACAGUGAGACCUCAGGUUACGAACUUAAUUAGUUCUGGAGGCCCGUUUUUAACCUGAAAUCGUUCUUAACCUGAGGCACGCUUUUGCUAAUGGGGCCUCCUGCUGCUGCCACCAGCACACAAUUUCUGUUCUCAUCAUAGGGCAAAGUAUUCAACCCAAGGUACUACUUCCAGGUUAGCGGAGUUUGUAACCUGAAGUGUUUGUAACCUGAAGCAUUUGUAACCCGAGGUACCACUGUAUAAUACAUUUUUUCAGAACUGAAAAGCCAUAAACAUGUGCCUGUACCAGGGAAUUUAGGGAAGUGGGUAACAAACCAAAUCAGCUAUCUCUGUACUAUUUGAGGAAUCAUCUCUGGGCCAUGCUACCUCCCAGGGGUAGCCAACAUGGUAGUUUCUAGAUGCUGUUGGACUGUAGCUCCCAUCAGCCCCAGCCAGCAAGAUCAAUGGCCAGGAACGAAGGGAGCUGUAGUCUACCAAUAUCUGGAAGGCUACCACUGAGCUACCCCUGUUGUGCACACCAGAACACAAUAGCUGUUGUCCUUAAGAAAGCCAGGGCGUUGGAGUGGUUAGAGUGUUGGACUAGGACCUGGGAGACUAGGGUUCAAACCCCCCACUCAGCCAUGAAGUGCAUCGGAUGACCUUAUGCCAAUCAUCAUCUCUCAGCCUAGCCUACCUCACAGGGCUGUUGUGAGGUUAAAUGGGGAGGGGAUAAUCAUGCAUGCUGCCUUGAGCACCUUGAGGCCUAAAUGUAAAAAUAAAUAAAUAAGAAUAAAAGGAAGGAUCCACAAAUGCAAGGCGCUAUAUAGAGCCUAAUGUCCCACAGAAGUGUUGAAAGCUCUAAACACUCCCCACCCCCAUCCCUUGUGUCUUGCAGGUGUUCCUUUCCCCAAGAACUUCCAGCAGGUCUGCACCAAGAUCCUCACCCGCCUCUUCAGAGUCUUUGUCCAUGUCUACAUCCACCAUUUUGACAGCAUCAUCAGCAUGGGUGCCGAAGCUCACGUCAACACCUGCUACAAGCACUUUUACUACUUUAUCAGCGAGUUCAGCUUGGUCGACCAAAGGGAAUUAGAGCCUCUGGUAAGAACAUAGGUACUGUUAUUAUGCACCCUGCUUCUGAUUGGCAGGAACACCUUUUGGAUGAGGGAAGAGCACUGGAGACUUAAAGUGUUCCAAAAACUCUUUAAGUUUGCACUGCAAACGACACGUUAGCGCUACUUUAGGUCGCCAGGAGGGCUGUCAGCAUCUCCAAGCUCUUACGGAGAUCACAUUCCAAAGGCUUGAAAGAGAUUCCCAGCCGUCAGGAGAUUGCCCUGUUGUUUUUAAAAACAAAGUUCAGAGCAGAGUGCUGGCCAGGCAACCUUAAGAAGAAUGCCAUAUGCGUAUGUGCAUCACAUCAACUAUUUCACACUAUAAACACAAUUUUUUCACUGUCUAGGAAUUAUUCUUAGAAGGCUCCAUUUAAGAAUCAGCUAGGAUGGAUGAACUGAUGAUGAUGAUUAGCAUUUUGAACUGUUUUUAAUGGUGUGUUUUAAUUGUUGUAACCUACCCUGAGACCUUAGGGUGAGAGUGGGUAAUAAAUGGUAAUAAAUAAAUAGUAUGCACAAGCCCCAUGAGUGCUACAACUGAAAUCCUGAUCUCUCUAAACUUUGGCAAUAUAGUCAAAAUUAGUCACUUCUUAACAGAUGAGAGAAUGGGUACAAUGUUUCACAUCCAUAAGAGCAGCUAUAUUUCAGCUGACCCUAAAAGGUAAUUAGAGAUCAGGAAGCUGAAGAGGCUGAAAAGAACAAACAAAAAAAAAAAUCAAUUCUAAUCCACUUCCCUCCUUCCUGCUGCUUCCCUUAAGACAUAAUAAGAGGAAGUUUCUCCCCAAUUGUCCUUGCAAAGUGACAAUAACUCCCAGUUAGUGUUGCUUGCUGGCCGUGUUUCCGAGUGUGAAUUUAUAUGCCUCUGACCUUGUACCGUCUUUUCCAACCAUAUAUUCUAGAAAGAAUAUAUGGAUUUAUCUUAAUUUCUUGUACUGGGAUAUUAUAACAUUCACAGCUGAUUCCCACUUUCAAAGUGAUCCACGUGCAGCAAGCAUGGUCUGUCUAACACAUUCACUAUGAAAUUGAUAGAAUCCUAGAAUUGUGGAGUUGGGAGGGACCACAAGAGUCAUCUAGUCCAACCCCCUGCAAUGCAGGAAGCUUUUGCCCAGUGUAGGGCUCAAACCCACAACCUUGAGAUUAAGAGUCUCAUGCUCUACCAGCUGUACACAAAAAAUCAUUUCCCCUCUGUCUUGAGUCAUGAUCAUAUUAUUAUGUAUUCUAGUGAGCAAGGAUACUGAAAUGUCCUCAACUAACAAGUAACCAUCCAAUAUGGUAUUGACAUGAAAUGUACUAUCAUCACUAAGUCAGGAAUGUAAACCAGAAUAAUAAACCAUGGUAGUGCAAACCAUGGUUUUCCUAACUAUGGUUUCAGGUGCUCUCUGAAUUGACAAACCUAUAGGCAUAGCUACGUUUCUAAAUGAUAUUGCAUCAUGGAGACAGAGCUUAUGGCCUCUUAUGACCUUGAGGAACCAUGCGAGCUUAUGAAUAAGAGGAAGAAAAGUGAAUCCUUGUUUUUAGCAUCAAACUUCACUGCAUUUCACAAAGGCAGAUGAAAGAUUUCCUUUUUUUGAAAACUGAAAUUCUUCCUGGCCCUGGUGGCUGUGGGUGAAAUGCUAGGUCAGCAUGAAAUGGAAGCACCACAUCCCAGAGGGUAGGUUAAACUUCAAGAGAUUGGAAGACUUCUGAAAUCUGGGCAUCAACCCGACUCCAUGUCUCUGCAGUCCUUUCCCCUCAAUAUCUCAUGUCAUGCAUUCUUUAAGGAAAGGGGAAAUAACAGAUGCAAUUCAGCUGGUAAUAACCUCAAAUUAUGUCAUCAUUUCUCCAUUUCACAGAAGCGAAAGUAGAGUUGAGAUAAAGUGACCUCUUCAAAUCUCUCUCUCUCUCUCUCUCUCUCUCUCUCUGUGUGUGUGCGUGUGUGUGUGUGUGUAUGUGUGUGUGUUUGUUUCAUGGCUAGAUUCUCCCCCAUCAAUUUACUGGCUUUGGAAUACUUUAAAUUAAACAUUGUGGGCUUCUUUUUCAGAACUGAGCCUCUAGAUAAUUUCCUUCAUUCUACUUGGUUGUAUAAAAUGAAUGGCUUUACUCUCUUGGCCUGAGACUAAUUUUAGAGAUGUGUCUCCUAAGGAAACAAUAAUUUGUUUUGCUAGGGUAAAACAGAUUUGUUGCAACAAGUAAUAACAUUGGCAAAGCCUUGGAUUAUUUCUGGGAAAGACAGGAGCUGCUGUGGGGACCUUCUCAGCAUAACGAAUGUUGUCUGAUAUAGAGAUGGGUCAUUGUUUGUGUCAGGAAGAAAAAUUAAAGGACUUAAACAAGCUGAUGUGGAGGUGGUACCCAGAAGGUAGGAGAAAGUGUGAACAAAAGGUGGGGAAAUUGGAAAUCUGAAGUGUGAUAAUAAAGGUAGAAAAUGAAGCAGCAUCAGAAGCAACUGAAUUUUCAGACUGGCUUUCAUUUUAAGCCAAGAAUAAAUUUAUUAUUAUUAUUAUUUGCUUAAAUAAUUAUUACUGGCUUAAAGUGAAAGCCAGUCUGGAAAUUCAGCUGCUUCUGUGUUUUUUUUUUAAAUGAUAUUUAUUAAGCAUUUUAAAAUUACAGAAAAAACAAAAAGACAAAGAAGAAAAAAAAACAAGGGAAAAACAAACAGCAAUCAAACAAUACAAAUCGAUAAAAAGCAAAAAGCAAAAGUAAACCACAAAAAUUUAAAAACAAAUCCAAUAUUCUCAAAUCCUUAACUGUCAUUACCUUAUUUCAUCGACCUCCUCACACCUCCCUUUUUUGUAUUCUAGUUAUUAAUUAUCACAGCAAAUCCUUUCCAUUUUUCAUAAUAUUCUGUCAUUAAAUUACCUUAAUCUAUUUUAACCUUAUCUUACAAUAAAAAACCCUAAAACUUAAAACUUAAAUCUUAUUUAUACCAAUUUCUCAUAACCAUAACAUAUUCUUGCAUAGUUCUUUUUAACAUUUCUGCUAAAGCCAAAUAAUUUCGUUCCAACAUUUUUCUAAUACUCAUUAAUUUUACAAAACAAUCCUAAAUAAUUUUUUUUUAAAACUUUCUUCCAAUCUUCAUCCAACGUCUCUUCCUCCUGGUCCUGGGUUUUGUCAGUCCUUUCUAUCCCAUCCAUCUAGUUCAUUAACCUGGUAAUCUUAUGUCCGAGGCCCUUAAGUCUCUUCCAUGUCCCUUCCGCAGAUCUUCUUCAUCUUUAUACCUGUACUUUACUUUGUCUCCUGGUCCUUUCACUCGUGGAAACUCCAACUUGACAGUAUUUUUGUCCCUUCUCGACAGAUCAGCCCCUUUUCCAUAGUCCACACUGAACUCCAUGUGGUAUUUAAAAGCAUGUUUCAAGGUCCCUCCAGAGUUGAGGACCCCCACAACCCCAAACUCCUCACGGCCCAUUGCCAGACUUGAAAAGUCAAGACAUCCCUGCAUAUGGGGGUCUAUCCAGCCUCCCAUCUCCAAACCAAAUAAAACUCUAUCUCUCCAAAUCUGGCUUUUUCCAAGUUCAUUUGUCAGAUCCAACAACUCAUGUUCCUGUUGGGCCACAGCUCCCUCCAUCUCUGCCACCCGAGGUCCAGCAACAACCUCCUCCCUCAUCUGAUCUGUCAGAGCACACUCCUGAGUUGAUUCCUGGGUGGGCUCUAUAUAGAUACCCACUACCUGUCCAAAAUUUCUAAUCGCAACAGUCAUCAAAUCCGUCUUCUCAUGUAACUGUUCCAAUAAAGCACUUGUCUUGCAGAAAGCACGCACCAGAGCCUCUGAAUACAUUGUUAUGCAAGGUCAGAAGUCUGUUCCCACGAUCUUAAUCUGUUUGCAGCUGCGAAGCUCCCCAGUUCAAAUUUAAUAACAGUUUCACAAGCUCCCUCUAGGGGAAGAACUUCUAUUUGUAUCAAUCUCUUUUCUUCUUCUUUUUUUAACAGCAGAUCUAACAACAAAGUUUCCUUUUUCAGAUAUUUUGUCAAUAUUUGUUCCUUUAAAAUGCGAAAGAGAACAAUGGAGUCACUAUGUUUCUCUUCUUUUAACUGUCUGUCAAAAACAUUUGUCUAUAGUCAAUGAACUUCCCAAAAAUGUUUGUCCUGACACCCCGCUCCCAGGCUCAAGACGGUGGAAAAUUACUUUUCUUUACACUCUCUUCUGCAGGUUUAAACAGUCCGGAAAAAGUCCCCCCUCUUCUCCUGCUUCCGAAGGGGGUUCAGUAGUUUUAGAUGAUGAAAGUUGAUGCUUUAAAAACGAUUUUCUAAACUCUAGUUUGCCAUGUCUUUGCUUUAAUCUAUCUACAAGAAACGGAAGGCUGACUUCCUGUUUAGACCUUCCCGCUUCAGUGCCAAAUUAAGAGGAAUUUCUUAAUCCAAUUUUCCGUUCUACUCACAGAUCAUUGUUUAAAGUCCAAUUGUCCAAAUUUGAUCUGCUCACGGGUAGUUGUUUUUGUAGCCAAAUUGUCCCAGGAAAAAGGUAGCGCUCUCCGGCAACGGCUGUGCGGCUUCGCUCCACGGAAAAAGCAGUUGACUCUCAGCACCGCGCCACUAGCCCCUCUUCGCUCCGGAGCCCGUAAUUGGGUUCCUUUACGAAUUGGGGGGGGCGCGAAAGGUGCCCGCCGAGUCCCAUGGUCACAGGCUUCAUCCGCCUGUGAUUUUUUAAAGGGUCCCCGCUUCGCCGUAGCGGAACAGACCCGUUUUCCGUGGAGCCAGUCCCUCCGGAUCAGAGGGAAUCCGCCAUUACCGAUGGCGCCACCCCGGAAGUCGAAAUUCAGCUGCUUCUGAGCCAAAGUAGAGAGGCAUGAUUUUUGCACACACACCCUGCCGGGCCUGCGCCCUUAGUUGGGGGCAAUCUAGCCAAUCCCUAGAUAUGCCCCUGCUUUCCUUGGCACAAAUCUGUUGCUUUUGUUUCAGAGAUUAUUUAGUCUUUGCCACACACACACACCUGCAUGUGUACACACUCACUCACACAUAUUCCUCACUAAAAAAUGAGUGGGAGAUGAAUACUUGCAAAUAAUAUACUUCAACUCAUUUUUUUUAAGUUUUCAGAUCUGUGGGUGGAAUGACUAGGCCGUGGGGGUGGGAAAUAUUGUUUUAACAGAAGUGUUAAGAGAUCUUGAUUGGAAAAGCAGAAACUCUCACUGUGUUCCCCAGGCAGACAGAAUCCUGGAAUUGACGUUUCUGUUUUUUUGUUAUUCUUCAGAACUUGAAGAUGGUCAUGAAUGUUUGGACUGCACAGGCAAAUGUUACAUAAUAGAACAUGUUUUCAGUUUUCAUUUAGCUUAAAACAAGAAUAACCCCACUAGCUAGAAUGGGACUAAUACAAACCAAGUGCAUUCAAGAUGUUAGCGACUUGUCUUUUCCAGCUUCUCAUGCUGUGGGCUUCUGCUUCCAGGGCUUAACCCUUUGUCCUCAGAUCGAAGCCUUCUUCAAUAGAAUCUAUUUGGCACCAGCUGACAUCGCCUCUUCGUAUGUGGUUGGUCAUCUCUCCACCCCUCCUGCUGCCCUUGCUAACUCUAUAGAUGGUCUGACAUAUUCUCAAAGUGUUGUAUCCAACACUACUGUUCCGCUCACCCAGCAGAAUUCUGUUUGUGCAGUUGAACUCCCCCCUCCUGUCCCCUGCAGCCCUAUGCACAUGCUCAAAAUCUGCACCAGAGAGUUGGGGGACCCGCCGGAGUGGGUCUUGUGGGAGCAUGGGGGAAACACUAUUGCGCAUGUGGACUUCUCCUUGUGCAGUGUCGAAUGCAACCCAAAGACUGUGAGGUUCAGAUUUGCUCAUUCCUACUUCCACCGGCAUUUGGAAUGUUUAUGACAACAAAGAAAAUGCCAGCUUAUGAGCAUGGCAGAAAACCCAGGAAACUGGUUUGUCAUGACCAUGGAUACCCCAGGAACAGGACUGAAACCUGGAGGUCUAAAAAGCAGUUCAGGGCUGUUGGCAAAAUGGCUUUCAAAGAGCCCCGCGCUGAGAUUUGGCUCUGCGAGCCUGUUCCCAACAUGAAACAGGCAUGCACAGCCAAACUGAGCAGGAUUUAACCCCUGUCCAUCAGCUGAUGAGCUGGAGUUAAAUCCUACUGCUUUGGCUGCAUGCAUGAUUUACCAGAAAGGGAAGAGAAUCAACUGCUACCAGCCUGCUAGCCACUGAGGUCACCCACUCUUGAAGUGAAAUCAGCUGAUUGGCAGGUGGGUGUGGUUUCUUUAAAAAUGACCUUACAAGCCAAAUUUGACCCCCUGUCAGGCCAAGAUUGGCCCACAGGUUGAAGGUUCCUCACUCCUGAUUUAGACAAGUGACUGAUCACGUGCCACAAUAAUGCAUUUAUAUUGCUGCCUCUAUUACUAUGGAUUUGCGUCUGGUGAAUUCACAUGAGCAGUUCACCUGGUGAUUAUCAGAUGAUAAGCUUUCAUUGAGUUGUGUAAGCUUUUCUUUCAAUACUGUACAGUUCAAAUAUCAUAAAGAGACUCUCUCCAUUGUCAUUCACAAAUGACGUUUCUUCCCAUGCUCCUUAGUCCUUUGCACAUAAAACACAUGGCUAUAUAAAUCCAGACUCAGGAGCUCUUUAUAUGUAAAUGUCACUCACUAGUUCAACCUCUUUUCUUCUUGCCAAGUGAUAUUUGAUAGGAUGUUGUUUUUAACUCCCUUUUACACAUAUUGUGCAUAUUUCCUUUUGUUACCUAUGCUUUCUUCAUGGUAUUAAAGGAAAACAGCGAAGAAGUCGAAAUUGGAUUCUUUUCAGACCCAACACAACCCUUUGUGGAUUAUCAGCUUCUGUUGACCCUUUUGGUUAUCACCAAGGCAACUCAAAGAGACACUGAAAUUCUGUCCUAUUUUUUGCUGUCCGUGUCUUGCUUCAGAAUCUUAUUUCUUUCAAACCUAAACGCUUUAGGCUGUUUUAAGUUGAAAUCAAUUUAGAAAUGUAAUAAUGUCUACCAAGAAAAAAAACCCACUGCAUUGUCUCAGAUUUCUUACAAAACGUUAAGAGUUUAUUGUGAAAUAAGUGAAGGGGGAUUUAUUUUAUUUUAUUUUUUAUGCAACAGAUUAAUCCAGAGUCUUGAGUCAUAUAUUUCCCCUGGAUUAACUGGCACAUUCAAUGAAAUAUUGCAAACAUCCAUCAGAUCAAACUAAUUUAAUUUAAUCAGUCUGGAAUAUUGUGCAUUGGUUGAAAUCAUGAAUUUAUUUAGGUGGUGAAGGGCAAGUCCCUUUCCCUCCUAUGUGCAGUAUGGGGAUACGAAAGGAACCCUUCUAUCAAAGGAACAGUCUGUUGGGGGAAGGGAACCUUUGCAUCUAAUUCAUGCUAUAUGCUGAAGCAGCAUAGGCUGUCCUUAACAGCAGUGUAUUGACUUCCCACCCUGGGACCCUGCAGUUGGCAAUAACUGCUGUCCAUUUAUCUUGAGUAUGGUAGCAGAGAAUGUGGUGGCAGAGCAGUUGCAGCAGUUCUUAAAGGGUAUGGACUCUCCGGGUUCAGCCGUGGUUUUGAGACUGAAUUAGCUUUGGCUAAUGGAUCACCUGCAUUGAGAAAAUGCAGAGCAGGAGUCAGUGAGUCUUCUCUUGCUUCUUACUCUGUUGGCAGCUUUUAAUACCGUUGAGCAAGGUAUCCUCCUAAGACAUGAUUUGUGGGUUGAGUAUCAGAGGCACUGUUUUAUACCAGUUAGAAAUUAGAAUAAUUCAGGGGUAUAAAAAUGUAAUAAAUAUACAUACAUACAUACAUACAUACAUACUGCACAGGGGAUUCUCAGUGGUAGGGGUGGUCAUCCACUGAUAAUGUUUAUAAACUGUUCACAUUUUGGAAUCCCCUCCCCAUCAAAACAUAUUUUGGGGAGAAGGCCUAGCUGUCUGACCAAUUAAAUAUUGUUUCAGUUUUUUUUGGGGGGGGGAUAUGUUGGGGGUGUGGGUUGGAGUAGGCUCCUGUAGGCAGCAAAGUGUGCCAGCAACCAUGUUUUUCAAAUGGACCCCUAGAAAGUUGGACUACAAAACAGAUUCUUUGUUUGGUUGUAGAAAUGCAGCAUAUUCAGAUAAAUUUUAAGACUUAUUGCCUGGAAGAUGGUAUAACAUCUGGCACAAAUUUUUUUUUGGUCCUAUCUGCUAUGAAAGCUAAAAUUACUGUGUAGAAUAAUAAAAGGAUAUAGCUAUUACUAUGCAUUAGUAGGCUAUUUUCCACUUUUGUAUGCAAUGAUUAAAUACCCUGGAUUAUAACACGGUAACAGAAAGCCUCUUGAUACCGUACCCAUUCUGCGUCACUGAUGGGAUGAGUGACUAGACCAUCCGUAAUCACUUUCAAAGGUCCCAACCCUAUGAGAGAUUCAAGGUCCUUUGUACACCAUGUUGAAUCAUACAGUUGUUUUCCUAAAGGUUUUGUGGACACAGACUUCUUCUUCAAAAAUAAUUACAUAUCUUUUCUUUUUCCCCUCACAGAAAGAAAUGACAGAAAGGAUUUGCCAUUAAGAUCAUUCGGGCAUCAUUUGAACGGACAUAUUGUCCUCAUGAGGGCCUUACACGGUGAUCUGAACGACUACUGCUGGGAAUAUGAGGAACUUUGUGUUCCAGGGACUGAAACGUUUGGAAAUAGUGGACCCCAGUACGUCCAGUAGACAUAUGGAUCCAAUAACAUUAUGUUCCUGUCUCUUGUACUCUGCCCUAGUGGCUGUAGCUGUGUGUCAUUUUGGUUUCAUUUUGUCCUCCAGGGACCCACCUCCUCCUAAGUUGUUUCACACUUUUUUGAAGCGCAAAGGGGGAAAUAACCUGAGAAUUCCUCCACCGAGACCUGAAGAAAAAUGAUGAAUGUAUUCCACACAGAAGACUACGUUCAUCCCCUUUAGUCUAUCAAAGUGAAGAAAGUUCACAAGCAACAUGCCGUGCCUUGUACUGGAUUGGGGGGGAAAUGGUUCACUAUCACCCUACCCUCCUCCAUUAUUAUUUUUAAUGAGCUACUGAUUAUUCCUCUCUCUAUAUGCUUUCAUCAGGAGAACCAGAGAUGCUGGGAAGAUACCAGACCACUAGGAAUGCUGGAUUGGAAGAACAUUUUCCCCCAGUAAGAUGUCAUUUGUAGAAAAUAUUAGUAUUAGAACUGAGUGGAAUGAAACAACAAUUUGCUUCAGUUUUUCCUCAGCUUACAGAGCAUCCACACAACAGCCGACAUGCAAACAUUUGCAGUCCAGUACAUCAAAAACAGAAGGCAGGAGCAUCCCAGUAAGGUGCCAGCAGAACACAUCUCUUCAGGUUGCACAAGUAAAUGAGCCAAUGUGUGUGCUGAGGGGGACAUACAAGCCCUACAAAGACUGAUACCAAUCCCAGAAAUGGAAUCAGUGCCAUAAAACAAUCAACAGUUGCUAAAGAGAAUUGAAGUUAUGGAGCAUGGAGCAUGCAGAUCAUGUACUUUUGAGGAACUUUGAUGCAUUUUUUUAAAGUAUAGAAAAUACAGACGCUUUAGAAGGAGUCAAAUUAAUGGUUCCUCUAGCCCAAGACUCCCUACCCCAGCUAUUCCCUACUCGACAGCUAUUUACGAUACUUUAGCUGCAACCCUAAACACACUUUCUAGAAGAUAGCCCGCCUUGAACACAGGGGGCAUUAUUUCUGAAUAAGCAUGUAUAGAGCUGUGCUAUUUAACUGGAGGUGCCAAGAAUUGAACCUGGGAUUUUCCUACAUUCAGAAUGUGUGGUCUACCACUGAGCCAUGAGUCUUCCUUCCCCAUAAAACCCAGUGAUCAUUUCCCCAUUGACUGUGACUCUCUUCUUUUGAGAAGGGAGGGAACAAUAUUUUUUCUUCACUUUUUUCCUUAAGUGACCUGAGCCACAUACAUCGAUGAGUUGUAUUAGUUAAGAUUUUAUACUUUCUACAACAAUAUUUAUAUCUUGGGUUGUCCUACUUUUUCUGUCAGUUAAGUUUAAAUAUUAAAAUUGCACAGAUUUUUUUUUUAAACUGACAGCACUUAUUGUGACAUUUAAAAUCCUUAUGCUAUAUUUUCUCCAGGUAAGCAAGCAGAUAAAGAAAAUCAUUACUUAUUUGUGUCAUGAAAAACCUGUAUCUUAUAUGCGUCUUCUCCCAAUAAGAAAAGAAAGGGAAGCAAGGAGAUAAAGACCAAUGCAUACCAGUGCUACCACAAUAAUUUCUGCUAAGAAAAGAAAAACUAAAGUGUUAGAUGUUCUUAUUCAUAGUUCUUUGGUAUUUUCCCUGGCUUAAAUUUUUUCAACAGCUUCACCACCCAAAGGUCAUUGUCAACUUUUCUGUCGACCGCAUUCCAUCCUUCGUUCUUUGAUGAGAGCGUUGAGAUGCUUAAAAAUAUUUGUGCUGAAACUGACAUAACCCAAUUGGCCUAGUGAUAAUGUGGUUUGAGUUAUUUGUUGUGCAACCCUUCAACAUGCUUUCAGCAGACAUGUUCUGAAGCAAUCAUACAUUUUCUGUUCUCUAGGGAUUCACUGAUCCUCGCUACGGAUUCUUGAUAAGCCACCCAAAAUGGCAUCGUGGGUUUCUCUUGACAGUGUCAUUUUCCAUAGACAAAGAAUGGUUAUUCUUUUUCAGCUGAAGGUGUUAUUGGCAUGAAGGCAUUACUGGAAAUCAGCCACUUCACCAAGGGCCACAAGACAGUGGAGGGUAUGCCAAACAUAUAUUACGCGUGUAUGCAUGUGCCCUCACCACACAUACAGAACAUAUUUAGAUUACAAAGAAAUACACUCACCAGGCACCAUUCACUUUCUCUCUCAAAUGCUGAGAAAGGUAUUUCAGUAAGACAGAACUUACCACCACCACCACCACCAACUGCAGCACAGUGGUGAGGAGGGGGACACUAUCUUUUUCACUACAGCAAAAAGUGAGAUGCUUUCCAACGGUGCCUCUUCCUGACCUUUCAAAGGCACCUCUUCUUCCUCUUGCAUGCCUAGCAUAUGGUUGCUCAGGAAACAGGAAGGACCACUCCUUUGGAAGAUACCCACUUGGCUGGGGCAUUAGUGGGCAAUUUGAGGGCACUUGGCAGGUCUGAGCCAGCCUAUAGGCUGUGGACUUGCCACACCUGUUGAAAUCUGAGUUGAUCAGUGGUUUGUUUCAAACAGGGAAAUGGUUAAUACAGAGUUUGCUGCAACACAUACACAACCCACCAACUCUUCUCCCAAUUAACAGAUACUUAUUACAGGAAGAGGACAUGGGUGGCACUGUGGUCUAAACCAUAGAGCCUAGGGCUUGCUGAUCAGAAGGUAGGCGGUUCAAAUCCCCGCAAUGGGGUGAGCUCCUGUUACUCGGUCCCUGCUCCUGCAAACCUAGCAGUUCGAAAGCACAUCAAAGUGAAGUAGAUAAAUAGGUACCACAUGACCUGGAAGCUGUACGCCAGCUCCCUUGGCCAGUAAAGUGAGAUGAGUGCCACAACCCCAAAGUCGUCUGCGACUGGACCUAACGGUCAGGGUUCCCUUUACCUUUAUUACAGGAAGAGAAUCACUCUCGCAUGCUUACUCUUUCUCUAGUAAGGUCACAAAAUAAAUAUGAAAUGAAACAAAAAAAGCUCCUCAAAGUAGAAAACACUCCAUGUUGCUUCUCUGACCUUCAGAGAAACAGCUCUGAGCAUUCCCAGAACUAGCACAUGGUUCUGAUUGUCUGAUGUUUUGAAACAGUCCUGACUCUUCCCAUACCUGCUAUAGUAGCUGUGCUGGACAGGCCUCCUAAGAACAGCUUUCUGGCAGCCCAGUCAGUCAUAUGGGUUUUUCUGCUUAGAGACACAUGGAAGGAACCUCUGUGUCAUAUUUGUCAUAAUCUGUCAUACUUUGGGAUUAGGAUUAGCUGUGAAGAGAGCUGAUUGACCAGAGAACAGUAGAUGGAUAGAAAUGUUUGCAGAACUUCUCUGAGCUCAAAUAGAAUUAUAAAAUGUGUGUGGCACAAUAAAUAGUGUGUAGCUUUGAGAUUUUGUGGGGGGUUUUAAAAAACAUUUCUUGUCAUUCUUCUUGGGAAGGCUAUGCCCUAGUGGACCAGCCUCCACUGCUUGUAUCUGCCCUGUUGUUUCUUGUGGAAUAGUGUGGUUUGAUGUGUUUUCCCCAAAACCACAUUCAAUCCAAGUUAUGGAAAAGAAUGACCUAACUGCAUUUUAAGCCAGCAAUGUGUAGACAACAACAGUGUUGUGCAGGUGUGUUUUACAGAACCCUGACUUUAACCGUUAGUGUUUUAUGACCUAGUUACAGCAAUCCAAAGGUAUUCACAUUGGAUGAACUAAACUACUAGACCUGGGUGUUGCUGUAGGAGGACAAUUCUGAUUCAUUAUAAACAAGCUAUAUUACCUGACUUCCUGGUUUUUCCAGCUCUACCAUUCCAUAAGUCUGUUUAUCAAUGUCAGUGAGAGAAAGCGAAAUGCUUUUUUUGAAAACGUAUCAUACUUUCCCUUGGUACAGACAUGUUUCAGCAUAAUUGACUCAGUCCUUAACUCAAAAUGUGUCAUCCUAAAUUGCAUUGGACGUCUAUGGUUAUAUUGAUUGGGAACCAUUUUUCCCUCUUCAUGUUCUGUGCCUUCCCACUGAGACUUUGUUUAUGAGGCUUGGAUGCUGAUACGAUCAUUUUUCUUGCACCAUUUAUCAGCAACUACAGAUAAUAUAGUGUUAUUAAUUUCUGUGUGUAUCUUGACAGAAGUGCUUUGAUGCAAAGGGGAAAGCUGACAUGUAGAUUUUAAGCAAGGAAGCUUCUAUUUGAGCAACUGGAAAAGUUCUGACUUGGUUUGUAGGUCUCCACAGAAACAUCACCCACACACCCUGACCACAACUACAAUUCCCAUUAUCCCUGUCACUUGGGUAUGCUGUCUGGGAUUGAUGGGAGUCAGACCCCCAGCAACAUUUGGAGAACCACAGGCUCCCUAUCCCUGCAGCAGGUAGCAUGAAUAGAAGAUAAAAAGAAUCUGCUUGUAGAUUGCUGGAUGAUUUGAAGUAGAUGAGCAAGGGAUCUGGACUCCCAGUAGUCUAGUAACAGCAGCAACAAAAGACUCUUUAGCCUGCAGUGUAGGCUGUUAGACUCUCCUAUCUAUAGCAACUCAGAUGUAGGCCGUUCCAGUGUUUGUCUCAUGAAAGUAAUUGGCUCUAGCCUCUACGCUACCAUUUUCCAGGUGACCCCACUCCCUAUUUUGUGAUGGGUGACUCUCCCAUUAGUAGACUUUGUGGUUCUUGGAAAAAACCAAAGUAGAAUCCCCAAAGCCUGAAAUCUGCCCACACCUAGCCUAUAUGAUUCCUUGAGUCUCUCUCAUUCUGUGACACCAGCAGAACUUAUUUGGGACUAUACAUUAUAUAACAUAUACAUAACCAUAUAUUUCUACUUUUGUCCCAAUAAAUUCCUGUGUCUGAG